UGUUUCACACUUUCUCCUUCUUUUUCUCUCCUCUUUCUAUUUAUAAUUAUCAUGAUAGACCUGCCUCUAUCCUCUCCCAUAUUACAUUCUCUCCCAACCCUCGUACCUAUAUUAAUCACCAACCUAAAUAUACAAUUUACUCCCUUCCCCAUUUUUCUCCAGAUGUAAA